AUGUGCAAUAACAUCAUAUCUUUCCAAAACCUGGAAACGAGCCUAGUCAACGUAGUAUACUGGGUCAUUCGCCCAGAACUACCACUGUGAGUUGUAACUUGAGAAAUUGUGAUUAUCACUCUCCGGGGCCACCUGCGGCCCGCUCGGUGCAGGUUGCCCGCAAGUCGCAGCGAGAGAGAGAGCGAAAGGCUGCGAGAGGCGAGGCGCGCCGAUGUUGACGCGUCGCGCUCUCACCCUUGUGAGCCACUUCCGUCGUCGGAUGAUUCGUCGGGUGAUGCAGAUCUCAUCAGGCCCAGUCGCCCGGCUGCUUUGCCUGGUCCAGCCCAGGCAUCAAAAAAGGGCACCGCCAAGCGGAAGGCUGACCCGUCCAACGCCGCUAAUGCGAAGUCGAAGGACCCCAAAUGGGAUUGGACCGAUGCGGAAGUGAUUGCGAUGUUGGAAGUCCUCAAGGACACUUAUGAAUCAACCGGUACGCAGUCUUUCCCGGACUCGGUCUUCAUCAGAGCCAAUGAGGCGGUCAGCCGCUUGGAUCCCUCCAAGGCGGGCAACUCCAAGAAGGUCCAUCAAAAGUGGAAAUCGGUGAGUCGGGUAUGACGCGUCGUUUCGUGUCGCUCAAUCUGGGUCUCGCACUUCUAACAACACCGGCCCUGGAAUAAAUGCCCAGUGCUUGGUCGACACCAAGCUUAUCAACGAUAUCAGGACCGCUACUGGCAUCGGAUGGGACGAGGAAAAUUGUCGCCCAAUCUUGAACGCGGAGCAAUGGAAGACGGUGAGCGCGUCUACUGUGGUUGGUUGUCGCGACGCGUCGCUUACUCAUCCUCCGAUCGAACCAGGCAAUCGCCAAAUGCGCCAGAGCGGCGAUCAUCGCGAAACGUCCAUCCAAUUUCUACUACCCUCUGACGUCAGCGAUCCUGGGGAAGGACUACGCCACAGGUAGUGACGGAUUCAGCUAUGGGGACAACGCGUCGACGACGACGCGAACCCCGGCGCCCCAUCCCGGCCGUCGCCGCCAAAGCUCGGAAGCUGGAACCCUCGAGCUUUCAGAAGAGGAUGCUUCGGAAAGUGCGGGUGAAUUUGAUGAAGAUAUCGACCCUCGCGCGGCGUGUGCAACGGUAGGUCUUUGCUUGCUUGCCAGAAACCAUCGGCUCGUCGACCGCGUGCUGACGCUCGAAUAAUCUCCAACACCGCAUUGACAGCCCUUGCCAGCUUUACGAGCGAAGUCUGUAAGUAAAUGCGUAGACGCGAGCUACCGCCGAUAUGGUCAUUCUGGCCUUUCCUUGACUUGUUUUGCCGUGUUCCUUUCCCAGUCCACCCCCGCCACCAAGAAACCGCGGCUCUCUCGCGACCGUGCCUCUGUGCAACAGCGUGCCAUCAUGCAGGCCAGAAGGGAGCACCUGGACAACACGCUCACUGACUUUCAACAGACGCAGGAGGAAUCGACCGAUCGUAUGAUAGGGCACCUCGACCGCGUGAUGUUAAGCGAUCGUGACAAGUUCCUCGAGCACUUCUACAAAUUCGAGGAGCUCGACCAGUCGGCGUGGGAUACUGUCGUGUCCUAUGUUGCUGCCAGUGGGGACAAACUCCCUAUGUCAGUGGUCAGUUACCUGGUCAACCUCAAGACUCGGUGGAAGCCGAAUUGGAGUGCCGCUUCAGAGAUCAUUGUCGAAGCACGCAGAGCCAAGGAAACCAUGGCCUUCUAUGAUGGCAAUCAUAACUUUGAUUUGCCUCCCAUGAUGCAUCCGAUGCAAUGA